UCCGUUGGAUGACAUAUCGGUUGACAAAGGGCACUUUGGACACACUCUUAGAGCGUGUCCAAAGUGAAGUUCCGUCUCUGCUCUCAUCCAAUGACAGAAUGAAUCCUAGCCGUUGUCAUCCGUGCGUAUGGCAAUCAACGGGCGAGACUCGUUCUUUCAUCCGCUGUCAUAACACUUAGGACACGUUCUUAGGGUCGGUGGGAGAAUGAUAGGGUCAUAUGUCAGAGUGGACGCAGAAGCAUACAGUUUCGUAUCGUCGUCGCGUCGCCAGUGUAAUAAUAACUCUGUCUGGCCACCAUGUCAUCUGAUCAUCAUGAAACCCCAAACGGUCACUAUGCUUCACGAGCGCGACCGAGCCUCCGCUCGGUCUCAGCUUCGGCUCGGUCCGAGCCAAACGAUUACUCGUCGCAGCUAGGCGCAAACCAGUCGUCCGAUGGGCCCUCCGGCGGGCCCGAACCGAAUUUAUGGCUGUCGCAGUGUCGGAGGAACAGGUUCGAAGGGCCACUGGUUGCUAGUACAGUACUUGACAGGCAAAGGGGAGGAGACUGUUGUAGUGGCAUUCUCUCGCACAGUGUGCUGUGCACUCGAAACCCCCCGUGACCCGUCUCCCCCCCCUGUCCUCUCCGCGGCUCGGAGCGAGCUUAAGCUCCGGAUUCUACAAGUAGUAAUCCGAACAGUGCUGUGGCAUCAUGAUCGCACCAGACGUGCUUGGCGGCGGGAUAAAUGGCUCUUCCCCGUACGACUGCAACUUGCUUGAGGAGUUGUGAAACAAUAACUGCGGACAGUCCUGGAAAACUGGAUUCUUGCCUCGGGCUCUCCGCGGGGGACUCACCUCUACUCGCCUCGGCACUCACCGCCAGCAGCAUUGAAUAGGAGGCAUUCCACUCGAAUGGGAGGGAAAUGGGUUUGCGCCAUGUGCGCGUGAUCAUCAUGUGCUCGUCAUGGCCGAGGCAUUUCCGAGAUACGCAGAAUCGCCGCCGCCAUUUCGAACAUUCGGGAAAGGCCAGGUCAUAGGGAGUGGCGUGGCGACCCAAACCUCCCAAAAAUUGCCCCACCCAUGCUCCGACAUAGAGUGGGCUUUGAAGGGGUGUGGGAAGAGGAUGGGAAUCUCGAUAGCGUACUACUAGUAGCAGUCUCUUUUCACUGGGGUCGCAGUUUUGAAGUCCCCUGGAAGUUAGUUGCUUUCAGACCUAAACCCUCUAAAUGUGGCGGCAAUAGAUUUCUCGGAGCUUCCAACCAAGCUUUCCUGAGAAGUGGUCUUUCCUCAGCGUUCAAGAUAGUACCUCGGGGCGACCUGGUCUCGUAUUACUCUGUGGCCCCGUUUCGACUAGCAACGCGGUCAACGCGGUCAACGCAGUCAACGCGGUCAACAGGCCCUGGUACGCGUCAGAAUGGGUUCCAGCGGCGGCAGCGACGCGAGCAGCCUGGCGGAAUUCCUUUUCCGAGCAGCUGGCGGCAGCUUCUCCUCCCCCGUUGCAAAUGUAACGUCAGCCGAUUUUGACGUGACGUCACCCGAUUGCAACGUGACGUCGGCCGCUUUCAACGUGACGUCAGGCGCGUUGGCUCGUCAGGAGAGCUCCCCAAAGCCGCUGCUGCUGUGGUCUGGCUUCACGAGCCAUCAUGAUGGCGAGAGGGACGCAGCGCCCACUGCCGCCACUGGGACUGGUACUGGCAGCAGUAGCGGCAGUCGGCGGAUUGUCUCUGUCUCUGCAGCUGCUGCAGCAUACUCUCAUGCAGAGAGGAUUCAAAAGCUACGAAUCGGAGCCUCCGGAGGCGUCUUAAAUACUGGUCAACAGAACCCGCAUGGCUUCACGGGCUCGGCAUUCACCAGAGAAUCUAGCGGCGGGCAGUCAGAAAGGAUUUUCGCAGCAAUGCCGCUGCCAUCAGCCGCAACUCUUUCCCCUGCGGGUCGGGCAGUCAGUAGUGGCCUCUUCACCAGCUCCCCUGCCCAGCUCUCUGGAGCACCCCUGGGGUCUCCCCGGCCCAGCGUGGGGUGGAGCAGCAGCAGCACAUUCUCCCCUCUGGCUCCCUCCGGUGCAGGGCGGCCUGCAUCAGGGGUGUUUCUUCCCCCCGGCAUACGGUGGAGCAGCGGCGCGCGCUCACCGCCCUCGGGACACACUCCGCUCAACGCUCUAGCUCCCACUGGCGCACACCCUGCUGCUCGCCCUGCUGCUGGCCCUAGCCCUGCUGCCGGUCUUCCUACAUGGCGUGCUGCAGGGUGUGCUGAAGGCCUUGCGCCUGGAGCUCUUCUUCGCCCCAGGCAGGGGUGGAGCAGCAGUCUCUUUUCCGCCGGCACUCAGGCGCAGGCUUCCCUCGGAAUCCCCACCAGCGCUACUGCCGCCCUGGGAGCUGACUGGCCGAGCUGGGUUCCGGACGCCCUGAUUGGUGCAGCUGACCCGACCUGGGCGGCUGCUAAACCUGCUGACCAGAACCGGGGGUCUGCUGCGGGAUUGGCGCCUGAGUGGGGCUGGAAACUGCUGCGGGACUCUGGAGUGAGUGGAGCGAGUGGGAGGAGUGGAAUGCGGGGGAAGGUUGGGGCCAAGUCAGGGCGGCGCGCGCUUCCAGACCUGAACGAGCCUGCUGAGGAGGCGGUUGGGGAGAGAGAGGUUGGGGAGAGAGGGGUUAGGAAGAGAGGGCAGGACGUGAAUGAGCCUGUUUUUGCAGGAGAGGGAGCACGGCGUCAGCUGGACGUUGGUCAGCAGGGCUCAACAGUCUCUGCCAGGUGUAUGCAUGGCCAAGCGGAACACCUUGGGCAAUGUGGUCAACAUGAUGUGCAACCUGGUGGUCAACCUGGUCAACCGGGUCAGCACAGCGAUGACACAGCAGGACAGGGGGGAGAGCCACGGGAGCAGCAGCAGCAGCAGCAGCGGACUCAGCGGCUGCAGCCUCAGCAGCAACCUGUCUUCUCGGAAAGCGGAAUGGCAGUGGCAGGGAGAAACCUGCGGCCGCCACCACAGUGGGUUCCAGCAGAGAGAAACCUGCUGGCGGAGCUGCAGACGUGGCAGAGGGAGAUUGAGACAUCACAGGGCGCACACAGCAUAUCCCCAGGACCUGACUUCAGCCUGAGGGCUUGUUCCAACAGGGCUGAAGGUGGGAGUGAGUCUUCAGCAGGUGAUGGGGGUCUGCGGAGGGACCUGAUGGUGCGGGGUUAUGCGGCAGUCAGGCGUGGAGGUGAGGAGGUGGGGGUGGAGGUGGAGGAGGAGGAGGUGGGGGAGGGGGAGGAGGUGGAAGGUGGAAAGAAGGGGCGGCUUGCAGAGAAGCUGUUGCUGCUGCGGCUGAAACACGCUCAGAUGGUGUCGGCCUCGAAUGCCGCUGUCGCAUGUCAGGUGGUCAAUGUCUCUCACUCUCAGAUGGUGCCCGCCCCUCCCACCUCCCAACUGGUGACUACGUACCUCUUGCCUCAGGUGGGCUCUAGCUCACUGGAAGAGCUUGCUAUUGCUACUGCCACUGCUGCCAGUGCUGGAGCUGAUGCUACAGCUGCUGCUGAUGCGGCUUCUCAUGCUACAGCGGAUGGGGCUCUUUGCCGCAGCCGAAAGAGGUCCAAGACAUGGGAUGGGCGCAGGCACGACUCGUACCUGGCUAUGGCCCCAACAAGGCAAUAUUCUCUACACGUUUACGACUCUUCGGCUGCUGUAGUGGCGCCUGCCACUGACGUGGCAAUGCCAGCUCAGCAAGGACCUUCCAUCACCACAAGCGAUGAUGUUUUCCAGAGGCGCAUGGCCAGCAGCUAUGGCCUCCUGGCUGCUUGCGACGCGAAUGAACUCGACACUCAGAUUGCUGGUCUUGCUGCUGCUGACGCUGUUGCCAAUGCUGCUGCUACUGCUGCAGCAGGUUUCGCUGGAGAAACCUCCAGGUCGCUUGGUGUCUGGCCUUCUCUUGCGAGGCUGCAAGUGCAGCAGCAAAGCUCGCAGCCAUGGGAGAUCAGCCCGCUGUCACAGAAGGCUGCAGAGGUGCUUGGGAACAACCUGUUUGGUGUGAGUGGGCCCGAUGAUGGUGCCUUGCUGGCCCCCUGGGGCGAGAGCCAAGGGCCGGAUAAGGUUUGGCAAGGUGUUGCAGGGAGUGAGAACAAGUUCAAGUGCAGCCGGUGUGACAGGGCGUUUCCCACAGGGCAGUCUCUAGGGGGACACAUGCGCAAGCACUAUUCGAAGAAGAAAUCAUCUUCUGGAGGUUAUAGUAGGUCUAGGAGCAAAGGCUCAUCGCCAGGUGACACAUCGAAGGGAUCCUAUUAGAAGUUGUUGGGUUGAGAAAAGGGCCCUUACGAUCUUUCAGAGACUAAGUCCCAGUUGUACAAGAUACUUGAGUAGU